AAGAUAGACGAUAAAGAAGAGCAAAAAAAAAAAAAAAAAAAAACGGAAAACUCCGAUCCCCGACACUGUCGCUUUACCCAAAGAAAAUUUCGCUGCGACAAUCAAUGACACAACCAAUUACUAGUAAUAAUUAUUAAAAAUCCCGAAAAACUUUGAUUUGUCUAACAAAUAUUUAGUUUUUUUGGGAUCCUCUUGGCCUUUUCUUUUGGGGAAUAAUUCUCCCUUUUUUUCUCUUUCAAUUUCUCUCAUUGGAAAGCUUUGCUUUUCCAUUACCAAAUUUCCUCCAAAGCCUUGUCCUUACCUCCUUUGCAAUGGCUGUUCUUCUUCGGAUUCUCUGCUAGCUCCUCCCUCCAUAUUCAGUGGAAGAUCCAAACCCUACAAAUCCAAUCCUGGGUUUCUUUUCACUAUUGUGGUGCAUAUUUAACAAUGGAUGACCAAGGUGGUAGCAAGUUGACCGGAAUCAGGCAGAUUGUUAGACUAAAGGAAUUCCUUCAAAAGUGGCAAACUGUCACAUUAGGCUCAAGGUCAAAUACCCCCCAUUCAGAAGAAAAUCAUGGGGAUGUCUCACGACCAAUUAACAAAAGGCUAACAAAUGUUAUGUGUUGUGAUUCUGAUGAGGAGAGCUGCCACAGUCCUGAACCACCGCCUGAUGUUCCAAAGGGAUAUUUGGCAGUUUAUGUUGGGCCAGAGCUUCGGAGGUUUAUCAUCCCCACGAGCUACCUUACCCAUCCUGUCUUCAAGAUUUUGCUUGAAAAGGCUGAGGAGGAAUUUGGGUAUGAUCACAACGGCGGGCUUACUCUCCCUUGUGAGAUUGAGACCUUCAAGUAUCUCCUGAAGUGCAUAGAGAACCAUCCUAAGGGUCACCUUGUUGACAGCUCAGUUUCUGAACAGCUGGAGAUUCAUUAAAUAUUGGGAAAGAGUAAUUGUGCUGGUCUUAUAGUGGUCAAGAACUUUUGGGGUUUAAAGCAAGGUCACCUUGUAAGCAGAUUUUUUUUUUUCUGGUUAAUUGGCAAACGAUAGGAAACUUUUAGUUAGAAAAUUUCAGGUGUAUGAAAUGAAUGUGAUGAGAGGGGGCAAUGUUUAACCUCUCUGUCCUUAUUGGAAUGUGACUGGCAUCUAAUGUUUGAUUGAUAAUGAAAUACUUUUAUGCAUCACCGCCUUCAUGCAUCUGUUCGAAAUCUUGUCUCUAAUACUGGAUGAGAUCAAUUACAUUUCUAUUAUAAUGUCGUUGGUUUCCUGUCUGGCUAAAUUGAAUAUUAGGAACCUUUCGGUGGGCAAAUUGACAUUUGAAUUUGUUUUCCUUCCUUCUGCACAUGCUACUAUUGUGUAGUUGUAUGAAAACUACUAUCAGUUUUGUUCGGAUGCAAUGC